GAAGAGGCAGAGAGAGAGAGUGCUGAAAGAGCCAGCCGGAGCGAGAGGACACACUCCUUCCUACUUCCGUGUUUGCAGGAAACCCGUUAUACAGGGCAUGGGGAUCUCAAGGAACUGCUCCUUGAGGGGAACAAAGGGCAGAAGGCCGGUGUAGAAGAGGCCCAACAACUGCAAUACUCUGGGAGACACACCGAAUGUACUUACAGAAACUGGAUGAAAUUUCCAAACUACAAAACAACUGCUCCUCCUCAAUUUCCCGUCAGCGGAAAAGACUGAAGGAGAUAUCCCAGCGAGUGAAAGAAUGCAACAAAGGACCAUCAGACGAAGAUGCUAAAAACAUGGAUGAGAUUAAAGAGAAAAUCAAGACACGACCAAAUGCUUUCUUUGAAAUGGAAUCUUUUCUUCCCAAGAAAAAUGGGUUGUAUCUCAGUCUGGUCCUUGGAAAUGUGAAUGUCACUCUUCUCAGCAAGCAGUCAAAGUUUGCCUACAAAGAUGAAUAUGAGAAGUUCAAGCUGUGCUCCACAGUCCUCCUGCUGCUGUGCUCCUUCAUAUGCUGUUUCUUUGUGAGCUACAGAUUUCUCGAUGCAAUCCUCAAUUUCCUGCUGGUGUGGUACUAUUGUACAUUAACUAUCAGGGAAAGCAUCCUCAUCACUAAUGGCUCCAGAAUUAAAGGCUGGUGGGUUUUUCAUCACUACGUCUCAACUUUUUUGUCAGGUGUGAUGCUGACAUGGCCAGAUGGGAACCUCUACAAGGCAUUCAGGAACCAGUUCCUCGCCUACUGCUUGUAUCAAAGUUUUGUUCAGUGUCUGCAGUGCUAUUAUCAGAGUGGAUGUCUGUACAGACUACGAGCCCUGGGAGAAAGACACAACAUGGAUCUGACCGUGGAGGGAUUUCAGUCGUGGAUGUGGAAAGGGCUGACGUUUCUUUUACCCUUCCUCUUUUUUGGUCAUUUCUGGCAGCUCUUCAAUGGCCUCUCUCUCUUCAGAAUGGCUCAGCUCCCAGACUGUAAAGAAUGGCAGGUCUUGAUGUGUGGUCUCUGCUUCCUUAUUCUGUUCAUGGGAAAUUUCUUCACCACUCUUGCUGUGGUGCGUCAGAAGCUCAAGAGCAGAAACCAGAAACCAAAGAGUCUGUGAUACAGUGUAAUAAAAUAAAGCAUGUCUACAACA